ACGACCUCCUGGAGGAGGAUACCCGAAGAGGGUGGAAAGGCCUGAGAAGAAGAAAGAGUGCGAGCUGCAGUCUGGUGGAAGGUUACCUCGGGAAGUAGCUCGGCCCGAGCCGCCCGCCGGUUGCGAGCGGAAGGCCGACGGCCGGAAAACACGGCGACUUUGGGAGGCUCCGAGCGGAAGCAGCCGAGUCAGCGCCGUCGAAUGCGAUACUCAGCUGCCACCAGCGGAGACGCUGUUGAAUCGCUCGCAACUGGAGAAGAAGAUAGAUUCUUUUUUUUUUUUUCUACCAUACACCUACAAAUCUCGGCCUCAGAGGACCUGGGCUGCCGGCGUGGAGACUUCAGCAGGAAGCACUACGGCUCUGUGGAGCUCCUGAUCUCCAGCGAUGCGGACGGAGCCAUCCAGAGGGCAGGACGCUUCCGGGUGGAGAACGGCUCCGCAGAUGAGAAUUUGGACUACGCUCCUGGAACCUGGAGAAGAACCGACGUCCACUUGGAGAAUCCAGAGUACCACACCAGAUGGUUCUUUAAAUACUUCCUCGGGAAAGUGCACCAGAACUACGUGGGCACGGACGCCGAGAAGAACCCCUUCUACCUGUCGGUGGUCCUGUCCGACCAGAACAACCAGCGGGUUCCGCAGUAUCGAGCCAUCCUCUGGAGAAAAACGGGCACUUUGAAGAUCAGCCUCCCCUACAGCCCCACCAAAACCCUGUCGGUCAAGUCCAUCCUCAGCGCGAUGAACAUGGACAGGUUUGAGAAAGGCCCGCGGGAGAUCCUCAACCCUGACAUUCAGAAGGAUUUGCUCGUGUUGGAGGAACAGGAGGGCUCCGUCAACUUUAAAUUCGGGGUCCUGUUUGCCAAGGACGGACAGCUCACAGACGACGAGAUGUUUAGCAACGGUAAAAAGAAGAAAAAAAGUGUUCUCCCCUCCCCGCAGCAUUGUCGACACGCCAUUUGUCUGUCUGUGUUGUAUUUGUUUCACGUAGAAACGGGCAGCGAGAGCUUCGACAAGUUUCUCAAGCUGCUGGGCGACGCCGUCACGUUGCAGGGAUGGGCCGGUUACCGCGGAGGCCUGGACACCAAGAACGACACUACGGGGAUCGAGUCCAUCUACACGGUGUAUCAGGGCCACGAGCUGAUGUUCCACGUGUCCACCAUGUUGCCCUACUCCAAAGAGAACAAACAACAGGUGGAGCGAAAGCGUCACAUCGGAAACGACAUCGUCACCAUCGUGUUCCAGGAGGGCGACGAGGCGUCGUCGUCCUUCAAGCCGUCCAUGAUCCGCUCGCACUUCACCCAUAUUUUCGCGUUAGUUCGAUAUAACAGCCAGACCGACAGUUACAGGCUGAAGAUUUUCUCCGAGGAGAGCGUCCCGCUGUUUGGGCCGCCUCUGCCGUCGCCUCCCGUCUUUACUGAUCACCAAGAAUUCAGGGACUUUUUAUUAGUCAAAUUAAUCAAUGGAGAGAAAGCCACACUGGAGACGCCGACGUUUGCCCAGAAGCGUCAGCGGACCUUGGACAUGUUGAUCCGCUCGCUCUACCAGGACCUCAUGCCCGACCUGCACAAGGUCCCUUUUUCCCCGCAGAACAUGUUGAACCGUCGCUCCUUCAGCGACGUGCUGCCCGAGUCGCCCAAGUCGGCGCGCAAGAAGGAGGAGGCGCGCCAGGCCGAAUUUGUCAGGAUAGGGCAGGCUCUGAAGCUGAAGACCAUCGUGAGAGGCGACGCCCCCACCAGCCUGGUCACCACCGGCUUGUGCAGGAAAGAGCCGUGGGAGUCGCAUUCGUUCUGCAGCACGUUCCCUCACGAGAUGGUGUGCGCCGACUCGUGGGCCCGGUCGCUGCUGGUGGCCACCGACGCGGCGGGGGUCCUGCUGCUGGACGGCCCUGAUCCGCCUUCAUCCAGCACCGAGGCUCAGGCUGUCUCGCCGCCGCCGGUGCAGGUGUUCGACAAGACGCUGCCGGUCAAGCAGAUGCGCAUUCUCGAGCCUCAGGACCUGCUCGUCACCAGGGCAGAUAAAGGGAAGGACGCUCGGCUGUACGUGUUCCGCCUGAGCUCGCUCAGGAGAGGCCUGGAGGAGAGGCAGCCGGCCCGGAGCAAGUGCGACUGCCGGGAGAAUAAACUGGAGAAAACCAAAGGUUGCCAUUUGUACUCCAUCAACACGCACCACGGCUCGGAGCUGAGGAUCGUGGCGGCCAUACGGAACAAGCUCCUCCUCAUCACGCGAAAACGCUUCGAAGGCUUCAGCGCCGCCGGGGGGGCCGACUCGCCGGUGGAGGAGUUCCAGUACAUACGGGAGAUCUGCCUGUGCGACCCGCCCGCCGUGAUGGCGCUGGUGGACGGGCCGACGGGCGAGAACGACAACAUGAUCUGCGUGGGCUACAAGCAUCAGUUUGACCUGAUCAACGAGAGCACGGGCGACGCCUACCGGCUGCACCACGUCGACGCCAACAGGGUCAAUUUCGUGACGGCUAUCGACGUGUACGAGGACGGCGAGGCCGGUCUGCUGUUGUGUUACAAUUAUCUUUGCUCCUACAAGAAAGUUUGUCCGUUCAACGGUUCCACGCCCAUGAUCCAGUCCAACGCGUCCGACUUCCACUUCAGCUGGAACCAGAUGCCCAACGCCGUCGUUUGCGCCUUCCCGUACAUCCUGGCUUUCACCACAGAUUCCAUUGAGAUCCGACUGGUGGUCAACGGCAACCUGGUGUACACGGCGGUGGUCCCGGAACUGCAGCUUGCCUCUUCGCGGUCGGACAUCUACUUCGUGUCGUCGGCGCCGGUGAGCUCGGCCUCCAAUUGCAGUUCCAAGGACGCCAGCUCGCAGAGCUCCCCGCAGACGCCCACCGGCUACGAGAUGCCCGUCUUCCCUUCGCCACUCGGGGACGAUUCAAUACGGAUCCCCUACGGUACCAAGCUUUCGCUGUACACGUCUAAGGACGCCGAAGGCGAGUCUGCGUGCAAGCACAUCUUCAAGAUCCCUCUGUGCAACCUGGCGGGCCGCAGCAUCGAGAGACCCCUCGAGUCGCCGCUGGCCGGCAAGGUCCUGACGGCGCCGACCGCCGCCGCCCCGCCGACCGCCGCCGCGUGCGCCGUCCCGCUGGUGUCGGCCACGCAUUCGCUGUCGCUGUCUCUGUCGCGCAUGGAGAUCAAGGAGAUAGCCAGCCGCACGCGCAAGGAGCUGCUCGGCCUGACGGAAGAACCGAGCAGUAAAUCAGACGGCGGUGCGUCCAAAGCGAGUAAAACGAGCAGGAAGAACGCGGCGGAGGAACCCAGAGCGAGAGCGCUAACGUCCACCAACAGUGACAGGUUGGACUGUGAGGCCGGCGACGCCGACUUGGAGGUGGCGUCCAUUUUGGAGGCCGAGCCGGAGACGUCGGUGCUUCGGGCCGACAGUCCGCCGCCGCUCGCCGGCGCCUUCGCCCUCGCCGCAUCCUUCGAGGAAGACGUCCUGGACCUCAAAUGGCUGCCGCAUUCCUUCCGUCUGCCCUCUUUCAAGAUGGCUGCCGUGCCAGCCGGCCGUGUCCGCGCGUGCGUGUUUGGAAUCAAAACCCAAAGAGUGGCGACCCGACACGCUCCAGCUUCUUCCCGCGGUCAUUUCGAGCGACUCCCGAAACGUUUCAACGUGAAUUCAAAGAAAGAAAGAAAGAAAAAGACGAGUCACGUUAAACUCGAGUUUGCUCAUUUAAGUGUCGUAUCAUAAGAUGUGAUUAUUCUUUUCCGGAAAAAUGCUUGUAGAAGUCUGUUUAUAGAUAAAGUAGCGCUAUGUCUGGGAUGCAUAUUUAUAGAUGUGUUAUAUCAAAACAAAUCCAUUUUAUUCUUUUAUUGAGUCUAUUCAAAAUAAAGGGUAGGACGUUCCGAGCUGUCUUCUAUGGCGAGUUUCGCUUUUGUUCAGUGUACACAGGUUCAAAACAGGGCUGGAGGUCUCUCACAAGUGCCAUUUCCCAGCAGCCAGCGCGGAACUGCGUCACCUCUUUCCGGGGUUGGCCGUAGCAGCCAUGAUUGUAGUCCUUUUCCAGCUAGCCGAGUUAUUCCAAAUUAGCACCAGAUGUCCUGUCCCCCAAAGCAAAUUUCAACAAAAUACAGUGAACCCUUGUUUAUCGCGGGGGACACGUUCCCAAUCCACACGGAAAACCCGCUAGCUUAAUGCGAACACAUCGUUAGCCUGGGAACAAGUCAUUUUUUUUUUAUGUUUUUGGAAAACACGACAAAUUCAACAAACAAGAAAAGUCAAUUUUCCUCAUUUUAACUUUUGCACUUUACCAUGACCUGAAUGAAUGAAAUAAAAAAAAAAAGGAAUUUUUUUUUUUAAUUGAUAUUGUGACAGAUGACUUGUGCAAUUAUGCUAUUUGGCUAACAAUAUAAUGUGAAACGCCAUGGUAGACUAAUGAAGAUUAGCAUUGAUGUUACAGUACCGCUAACUAUAAACUUUCAAACAGCUUCUCCUUUAACACACCCGGAGCAGCAACACAUACAAAAACAGUGUACAACCAAAAAAACACAGCAUCUACUUAAACACCACAAUGGUUUACCAGUUACUCUGCUCGCUUAAUGCUAAGAAAACAAACACAAUUAGCAUAGAUCUUACGUAAUACACUUCUAUUUUAACACACACAUGGAGCAGCAACGCACACAAACAGAGCAGAAUACAAAAGAGAAUUAAACAUUGUAUACUGACACCAAAAUGUUCAACCAAACCAGAUCAUUUUGUCGCAUCAAAGUCUGCGACUUUAAUACUAACAUACAGUAGAAUGCGAAACUCCAUAGAUGGACUAACUUAAAUUAGCGUAAGAUGAGGCGUCGAACGGAUUAGUCAGCUCGACAACAAGCCAACUUUAUUACUCCGCGUUGACAUUUAAACGUCAACCGGUCGCUAAUCAAGUUUUGGGACAUUUUCCAAUUGGCCCGUCGACUCGUCGCCUCUGUGCUGCCGUCGCGGGACGAUAAACGCUGCGUCGAGCAGCGAAAUGUCCGCCCGACGCGGCAAAAGCAGCGCAAGGUUACGGUAUUCCAACCUCCAAACGAACUGCAACUAUUUUACACACACGGAGCAUCAACACAUACGAACAGCAUACGACAAUACUCCGACUUAUGACUCGCCUGUAUACUGUAAAAACUCAUUAAAACGCUAAAAAAACAAACAAAAAAAAACAUUAUAUAGCAACGGUGCGAACGGAGAACUGCGACAUAGCAGGUGUUCACUGUAUUUGUGUACAAAUAUUCUUUUAAAUGAAUGCAGGAGACGUCCCCUUAAAACACUGAAUGGCUCACUUUCGCCUCCUGAGGUUUCGCGUGGCAUCGCGAGCGUAGAUAUUUAGCCAAGUGUGUUCACCAUUUUAAAAAAUAAAUCAAUACAUAAAUAAUACAUUUACAAUCCAAAGUGAAGUUGAUCAAGCAAAACGAGCUUCUUAACGAGCAGCAGCCGUCUUAUAACUUGCAUAACUUGCUUUUCACGUCCUCCACCCAGGAAAAGUGAACAAACAAACAAAAAAACGUUAUGAAAUGUUUACAAAGGUACUUCUCGCUCACGUUUGUUGUGAGCGGCCGGCUUGCCCUCCCAACAUUUAUCCCCCCUUUCUUUUCUUUGUUCUACCUCCCCUUGGCUGUUUUUGUUGUAACUUUUGUUGUUGUUGUUUGGGCUGUUGCUGAACCUCUGUGUGGUAUCGAAACGAAAGAAAAUGAACACACGCGCACUAUGGAAAGCCCUUAGAGCAUUUAUUCCGUAUUCUUGGCAUCCAGGUUAAGGUCUGUGUACUAGUACAUUCUUUGUCCUCACUAGUAAGACAACUCAGGGCACUAGUGGAAUGACUGUCCUGCUAGCAAAGUGUUUUCCACUACUGUAUGACAUUCCUGCACACUAGUAGCACAACUGUGCCAAACAAGUCGGACAACUACCUGACCAGUGAGGCAAAAUUGUGUAUGUGUUGACAUCUGCGCGCUACUAGUACUACUAGUGAAGCGCUAGAUGUUAACUAGUCAAAUUUUAUAAUGUCACUAGUGGUACUAGUAGCACACAGUUGUCAACUGGUGCAUAGUUUUGCCUCCCUAGUAGCAUGUAGUUGUCCGACAAGUACGCCAAAGUUGUCCUACUAGUGCAGACAGAGUGUACUAGUAAGCUGGAUAUUGAAUAAACGCUCAAACGGCUUUACGUCAACACACACAAAUACACACACGCACGCACGCACGCACGCACGCACAUACAGGGAAAAAAAAAACAACACCAAGUGUCUUAAAAAUAUUGUACCGCCAUCGUUUUUAAUGCCAAGUACUACUUGUAAAUGUUUGUGUAUCAAAUGUGGCCUCAAAUUAUGAAGCAGAGCUGAACACCUAUUAUGAUGAUGAUUUAUUAUUAUUAUUAUUAUUAUUAUUGUUGUUGUUGUUGUUGUUAUGACUAUGAUUAUUGGAGCAGUUAUUUUGAACCAGUGCUGUAGACCACCGCUGUGAAAGUAGGUAUUUCUGUUUAUUGAUAUGUAAUAAAUAUUUAUGGAAUUUGA